AUGUCUGCCCAGGAUCGUGUCCAGAACUACCUUGGUCAGCUCGACAGCGAGCUUUCCAAGUACCCCGUCCUGAACAACAUUGAAAAGUCCACCAACGUUCCCAAGGCGUACGGCGCCAUCGGCCUCGGCGCCCUGUACUUCUUCUUCAUCAUCUUCAACCUUGGCGGGCAGCUUCUCACCAACCUCGCCGGUUUCGUCAUCCCCUGCUAUUACUCCAUCGAUGCGCUCUUCACGCACAACACCAAUGAUGAUACCCAGUGGUUGACCUACUGGGUUGUAUUCUCCUUCUUCACUAUUGUCGAGAGCCUUGUCAACGUCGUCUACUGGUUCCCCUUCUACUUUGUCUUCAAGUUUGUGUUCCUCCUGUGGCUCUCUCUGCCCGUGUUCCGCGGCGCUGAGAUCAUCUUCCACUCCUUCAUGGCCCCCAUGCUCUCAAAGCACUUCGCUGGAGGCAGCGCUUCUACUGCUUCCGGACUCCGUGCCAAGGCCCAGGGCCUCGACAAGUCCGACUAA